AUGUCGAACACACGUCCAAUCGUAUUCAUGGAUGUCAACAUCGGAGAGACACCAGCCGGACGCUUGAAAAUGGAGCUCUUCAGCGAUAUAGUUCCAAAGACGGCUGAGAAUUUUAGACAGCUCUGCACAGGAGAGUACAGCUCGGCCUCAGGUGGAGAUUUCUUGAAGGGCGAUGGUACUGGGUCGUUUUCAAUCUAUGGCGAUAAAUUCCCGGACGAGAAUUUUCAAGAAAAGCACGUUGGACCAGGUUUGCUUUCAAUGGCGAACUCGGGACCGAACACGAAUGGCUGCCAAUUUUUCAUUACGACGGCAAAAUGCGACUUUCUCGACGGCAAGCACGUCGUAUUUGGAAAAGUUAUCGAUGGCAUGCUCACCCUACGGAAGAUCGAGAAUGUGCCUACUGGUCCGAAUAAUAGGCCCAAGCUCGCAGUAAAAAUAGUUGAAUGUGGGGAGAUGUAA